AUGGUCAGAUAUAAUCACGCAGUGUGUGAUCAGAGGUGUGUAAGCUGUUUGACUGCAGUGUGAUGAGAUGGUGGCUCCUGAGGCGCAGGCUGUUAAUGAAAUCCAGGCCUGUCCUUGCUCCUGGUUCCUUUUUCUGAUCACAGCUGGCUGGUAUAAGAGGCUCUUAUGUCCCACGAUUAAGUGGUCAUUGAAACAAAUGUGGUUAGAAAGAAAACUCCAGAAGAGGCUUAUUUUUAAUCCAGAUCAGGUUUCAUUUUCUUUCACCAAUACUUCAAGGCAUAGAGGAGCUGGUAAAGGCAUUGCCAUGAAACCUAACUUGAAGCAAUGGAAACAACUCAUGCUGUUUGGGAUCUUUGCAUGGGGUCUGCUUUUUCUGGUGAUAUUCAUCUAUUUUACAGAUAGCAACACUGCUGAACCAGUUCCGAGUUCCUUUGCUUACAUUGAAACUAAGAGGCUUCUGCCCCUUCAAGGCAAGCAGAGAGUCAUCAUGGGAGCCAUUCACGAUCCAUCGUUCUCAGAAACCAUCAAUGGGAAUGAGGUACUUCUUAAUGAAGAUCUCUUAGGUACAUUUAAAUCUGGGACUGGAAGUAUUAAGAAAUGGACUGAUUUGGAAGAUGCCUUUAGAAAUGAAGAUGAGUUUUUUCCAUCCCAGAUAGGAAGAAAAUCAAAAAGUGCUUUCUACCAAGUGAAUGACGAUUAUUUAUUUGCUGCUGGUCAGCCCCGGUCACACAACCACCUUCAAGACAUAGCAAAAUUCAUCUCAGCAGAUGAGGAUAAUCCAAAAGUAAAUAUUUUACAGGACAACUGGAGCCAUCAGAGAAGAAUGAGGAGAAGGAGCGCAAAGCACAGGAGAAGCCAGAUACUUGAUGAAUCUGAUGACUGGGAUGGGCUAUAUUCCACAAUGUCGAAAUCCUUUCUUUACAAGCUUUGGAAAGGGGAUGUCUCUUCCAAGAUGCUAAACCCUCGACUGCAGAAGGCGAUGAAAGAUUAUUUGAGCACCAAUAAGCAUGGGGUGCGGUUCAAGGGGAAACGAAACUCCAAGUUGACAGGAGACCAGCUAUUCUGUGAGCUAAAAGAAAGGGUGAAUGUGAGAACAAUAGAUGGCAAGGAGGCUCCCUUCUCCACUCUUGGAUGGGAAAAGCACGUUCCCCAAAUUCCACUGGGCAAAUUGUAUACACAUGGCUUUGGGAGCUGUGCAGUGGUUAUGUCUGCUGGUGCCAUACUGAACUCCUCUCUGGGGGAUGAAAUAGAUUCUCAUGAUGCUGUUCUAAGAUUUAAUUCUGCUCCAACACGUGGCUAUGAAAAAGACGUUGGAAAUAAAACCACCAUGCGGAUCAUUAACUCUCAGAUUCUCACCAAUCCAAACCAUCACUUUGUCGACAGCUCCUUGUACAAAGACGUUAUCUUAGUAGCCUGGGAUCCUGCCCCCUACUCUGCAAAUCUGAAUGUGUGGUAUAAGAAGCCAGACUACAAUCUGUUCACUCCCUACGUACAGCAUCGCAGGAAGAAUCCAAAUCAGCCAUUUUACAUACUCCAUCCAAAGUUUAUAUGGCAGCUCUGGGACAUAAUUCAGGAGAACACUAAAGAGAAGAUACAGCCCAACCCUCCUUCUUCAGGUUUUAUUGGUAUCCUCAUCAUGAUGUCCAUGUGUAACGAAGUGCAUGUGUACGAAUACAUCCCUUCAGUCCGACAGACCGACCUUUGUCACUACCAUGAACUCUACUAUGAUGCAGCUUGUACCUUAGGGGCCUACCACCCACUGCUCUACGAGAAACUGUUGGUGCAGAGGAUGAACAAAGGUUUGCAGGAUGAUCUGUAUCGGAAGGGGAAAGUCAUUUUGCCAGGGUUCAAAGCUGUCAAGUGCCCUAAACGAAAUAAUUUCCCACACUUAUAGAAGAGAGUCCUUCAGAAACAAUGUGCAAUAAGGUACUACUGUCGUACUAUAAACAAGAGAAGAAUACUUGAAAAAUGUAUCUUAGACCAAUCUAGUCUUGAGUCUAUAAAUUGUAAUUAAGUAGCAGGCAUGAGAAAUACUUCUUUUCUGAGCCUGAGUAUUUAUUACUGCUUUGCAAAUAGUUAAAAAAAAAAAAAGGCUUAGCUCAUGAAAGGUGCAAAGGACAUACUUAGGCAGAAAUAUAAUGUAUCGUUGUGGGUGUGAAUGUCAGAAUUUGUCAGUGGUCUCUUGUGCCACAUAUGCUAGACUGUAACUUUUUUUUAAUGAACUUAUUUAACUGUCGAAUCUGGCAUUGUGAAACAGCCUCUAUUGUUCAUGUACAGAGAGCCAGUUGAACAAUGCAGUGUUUCUCAUGGCUCCAUGGGGUUUUCACACUCUCCAAGAAUGAAGUAAUCGCUACUCUGAGCUGUGCAGUCAUUGACUAGAGUAGACUUCUAAUUCCUGUUCAUACGCAGAUUCAGUUACAAGCCUACAGCUGUACAGGGGGCCUUAUGGUGGCUAUGAAGUCAGUGCAGAUGGAGAUGGCUGUACACACAGCUAAAUCAGUUAAUUGACUGGAUGUACUUCUGAUGCCAGACAACCAUGCUCACACUGACCACAUAGGGCAGAAGGAAGCCAGAAACGUUUCUUUAGAGAGCAACAGGCAUAUUUGUAACCCAUUCAGGAAAAAACCUCUCCCUGGGAGGCCUAUCAAGAGGGUGUGAGAUGGAAAUUUUAUUGUUCCCCUGGUCUGCACAGAUAAAGAGGAAGAAGAGAAAGACCAGGGAGGCUGUGCAGCAUUCACCCAUCACGCUGAAAGCAAGCACAGAGGGAGCUCACCUUUCUGCAGUGAAGAUAGCAUUCAGGAUUACAGACAUCCUUUGUUAGGUAUUUCAUGGAGAUCUGACUCAAACUCACUUGUUCACAAGUUACUGCUGUUAAGAAAGUAUAAGGAGUGGAUAUCUGCAUUUUUUAUUUAAUGUUUGAAAGACUACACCCCAGAGAAGCUGCAGUGCUUGCAAAAAACCUGACUACGGAUUGCAUACGGAGAUAAUUCGGUAUUUUCCUUCAUAACACACAAUGAGAAUAUUCUCUAAGGCACUCCUAAAAAUCCGCCUGGUUGCUAAUAUAUUUAAAACACUAGUUUCUAUGGCAAGACUUCAGUUUCAGAUUUUCCAAGCAGCAGGGGGUUAAUAUUCUUCUUUUUUUUUUUUUUUUCCUCACACAACUGCAAACUUUCUUUUAGGAUAAAUUCAGCAGGAACGUAUGUACACAAAAGCACAGCUAUAUCCUACUCAUGUCCCUGCAGUAAAAAGGCAGACAUCUCAAAGAGGCACUGAAAAGAAUAGCUGAGUGCUUGUGGUGGAAAGUAUUUUUUGUGUUUUAUUUUAAGCAACAGAAAGGCAAAAGAGUACAAAGAACAUUAAUGACUAUUUCCUCUUCAAUAGUAAUGUAAGUGUAAUCACAAAAUCCUUUUUCUCUCACUCUGCUCUUUGGGUCUGAUGGUUUUCCUUCAUCAGAAGUGAAGAAUAUGUGUCUUACAUAGGAUUUACCCUUCUUUUUCUAUGUAGUUCCUUAAUUUGGGCUUUAUGAUCCUCUUUAAGAUUCCUCAACACAAAGUAUGUCCAGAUGAUCUAAGAACUGUAAUUCUGUGUUAUAUGGAUAGUUAUGUCCAUAAAACAUUUUGGUACAUGUCAAAAUGAAGAGGUUUUACUCAUAUUAGCCUUAGACUCUGGAUAUAUUACAUACCAAUUUCUAAUGUUAUGUAUGGCAGCAACUUUUAUUAUUGAAGUUGAUAACACUAUUAUUUAACUGUGUGGAGAACAGAUAACCUACAUAGAAUAAUCUAUUUUUCCAUGUUUGGUACCCUGUUUGCAAAACAUAGGAAGUCUGUAUAGCGCAAUCAAACGUGUCUCUCUCUCCUGUAAACUGGAUUAGCUACCACAUGUUUGUAAAGGAAGGGAGUUGAUUAGCUUUCUAGGACUACUGAAUAUGCUACUUUUCCAUAAGCAGGAAAUUCUCAAGUUCUGAAAAAAAAAAAAAAAAGGCAUAUCACUUUGGCUGGUCUGCAACCACUAACUUUUAACUUUGAUUUUCACAAGGAAGAAAAAUACUGUGUUACUCAACUACCCAGACUAGGAUUAUGUUGUAUUAUUCUCUCGUAAUUUGUAAGAGCAAUCAACAUAGCUGUUGUACAGAACAAGGCAAAUUAUAAAGUUUCAUGUAACAAGCACUAAGCAUACCUACUUAAUACAUCAUUUAAAUAACAAUGCAGAACCAGGUCUGAGGCGUUACAAAAUGAACUGUAUAUUUUUAACUUACUGGACUGUCCGCAUUCAAGCCCUCCCAGCAGAUACCUUUUUCUUUGCGUGAUUUAUACAGCAGUCAGUGCUCUUUCCACAAGUGCAAACGUGGGUGCUGUAGCACCAUCGCCUCAGAAGAUGAUGCAGAGCUGUACUGCAAAUGCUCGCUCGCUCACAGAGGAGUAAGACUAACUUGUGAUGCCUAAGCAUCCCAAGCAUGCCCAAAAAAAGCAUCCCUGGGGUAGCUUCCCAGCACUUGUUUCCACUGUGAUGUUUCACUGGUCUGCCUACUCAAACACCUUGUAGCUCCUUGAAGAGUUUUACUCCCCUAUCUUGUCUUGUCCUCCUUUGGUUUCUGGCACAAGUGCAAAUGUACCUGAUGUGCUAACUGAGGGGUCACCUCCAUUUGCUGCAAGAGGGGAAGAGGCAGAAAUAAAGGGGGGACAUAAAGGACCUGCAGAGGUGUUCCCCUCAACACUGCUUAUGCUCUGUGGCUUUUAUAAGAGCCCACCAAGUAUUUUUGCAUUUAUGGGCACUUCCCCAUCCCUCCUGAGGGCAGAGAGAUAUUUACAAAGAAUCACAUUCAGUAAAUUUAAAACAUGGAGUGUGUAGUAACACUGAACUAUGUAUCUUUUAAUAAUAAUGUGUGCAAGUGAUAGGUUUAGAUGCAUAUAUUAAAUGCAGACAGUGUGAAAAGAAAUGCCUUUUUCCACCCAGAUCAUAGUUUAGCGGGGGAGGAAGGGGGGAAAGAUACAGGCAUGGCUUUGUAUCUCUCCUGUGUGGCUGUCACACGCUAACAGCGUGGGACAGCACUGUAGACAAGAGGUUUGCACAAACUGUGCUAUUGAGGUGCAUCAUCAGCCAAGCAAAUGCCUCUGCUAGUGGACCCCUGAGCUCCCUUGACACAUGGUGAAAUAAUGCAGGUUUAAAAUUUACGGAGUAUUACUGACAAGUAGGAAUAAGUUGC